AGGGACUUCCCGGUAGGCUCAGGAUCCCCUCCCUGCUCUCCCCUCCCCCAUCUUCACCACUGCUCUCCCAGAGGUCCAGGUCCGGGAGAUGACAGUGGCUCCCAGAAAGCCCAGGAUUCAAUCGCUGAGAGAGUGCUUAGGCCCGAAUGCCGGCCCAAAUCGUUCUACUCACCGUGUCGGAGGCCUAGGCCGAGGCCGAGAGCGAUGAGAGUACAGGGAAGUGGGGAAGAGGGGGUGGCCGCCAGGCUCCUCCGCUUCCCUGGGUCCACCGCGGAUCCCUCCCGCUUGUCAGGAGGCGGCCAGCGGAAUCUCACUCUGUCACCUGGGCUAGCGUACAGUGGUGUGAUAUCAGCUCACUGCAACCUCUGGAUGCAAGCAAUCCUCCUGCCUUAGCCUCCAGAGUAGCUGGGACUACAGUGCAAGGAUGAUGCUGAAAGGAAUAACAAGGCUUAUCUCUAGGAUCCAUAAGUUGGACCCUGGGCGUUUUUUACACAUGGGGACCCAGGUUCGCCAAAGCAUUGCUGCUCACCUAGAUAACCAGGUUCCAGUCGAGAGUCCGAGAGCUAUUUCCCGCACCAAUGAGAAUGACCCGGCCAAGCAUGGGGAUCAGCACGAGGGUCAGCACUACAACAUCUCCCCCCAGGAUUUGAAGACUGUAUUUCCCCAUGGCCUUCCUCCUCGCUUUGUGAUGCAGGUGAAGACAUUCAGUGAAGCUUGCCUGAUGGUAAGGAAACCAGCCCUAGAACUUCUGCAUUACCUGAAAAACACCAGUUUUGCUUAUCCGGCUAUACGAUAUCUUCUGUAUGGAGAGAAGGGAACAGGAAAAACCCUAAGUCUUUGCCAUGUUAUUCAUUUCUGUGCAAAACAGGACUGGCUGAUACUACAUAUUCCAGAUGCUCAUCUUUGGGUGAAAAAUUGUCGGGAUCUUCUGCAGUCCAGCUACAACAAACAGCGCUUUGAUCAACCUUUAGAGGCUUCAACCUGGCUGAAGAAUUUCAAAACUACAAAUGAGCGCUUCCUGAACCAGAUAAAAGUUCAAGAGAAGUAUGUCUGGAAUAAGAGAGAAAGCACUGAGAAAGGGAGUCCUCUGGGAGAAGUGGUUGAACAGGGCAUAACACGGGUGAGGAACGCCACAGAUGCAGUUGGAAUUGUGCUGAAAGAGCUAAAGAGGCAAAGUUCUUUUGGUAUGUUUCACCUCCUAGUGGCCGUGGAUGGAAUCAAUGCUCUUUGGGGAAGAACCACUCUGAAAAGAGAAGAUAAAAGCCCGAUUGCCCCAGAGGAAUUAGCACUUGUUCACAACUUGAGGAAAAUGAUGAAAAAUGAUUGGCAUGGAGGUGCCAUUGUGUCGGCUUUGAGCCAGACUGGGUCUCUCUUUAAGCCCCGGAAAGCCUAUCUGCCCCAGGAGUUGCUGGGAAAGGAAGGAUUUGAUGCCCUGGAUCCCUUUAUUCCCAUCCUGGUUUCCAACUAUAACCCAAAGGAAUUUGAAAGUUGUAUUCAGUAUUAUUUGGAAAACAAUUGGCUUCAACAUGAGAAAGCUCCUACAGAAGAAGGGAAAAAAGAGCUGCUGUUCCUAAGUAAUGCGAACCCCUCGCUGCUGGAGCGGCACUGUGCCUACCUCUAAGCCAAGGUCACAGCAUGUGAGGAAGACAGUGGACAUCUGCUUUAUGCUGGACCCAGUAAGAUGAGGAAGUCGGGCAGUACACAGGAAGAGGAGCCGGGCCCUUGUACCUAUGGGAUUGGACAGGACUGCAGUUGGCUCUGGACCUGCAUUAAAAUGGGUUUCACUGUGAAUGCGUGACAAUAAGAUAUUCCCUUGUUCCUAAAAACUUUAUAUCAUUUAUUGGAUGUGGUUUUUCACAUUUAAGAUAAUUAUGGCUCUUUUCCUAAAAAAUAAAAUAUCUUUCUAAA